CUCGCCGUGUUGUUGUGGCAUGCGGGCAGAGUUGACGCGCCGUCUGCAAGCGGCAGCCGAUGGGAUGCAGAGGGGGAACCAGAGAUCCUGUUUGCAGUAGGCCGCGGCAAAACGAGUAGCGUGCGCCCAUGUCAACCCGUGACGCUGCAUGACCGCGGCCAUCGUUCAGACCGCCACGGAAACCAUGACACAGCCGCCCGCGGUGGUGCGCUCGCUGGACGACCUGCGCAAUGAUCUGCUGGUAGCUGACCACCGCUGUGAGCAGGCCUUUGUUCUGCUUCAAAACCGUGAUGCCACCAUUGCUCAGCUUCAAGAGCAGCUGGCGGCAGAGCAGCACGCCCGCAUCUUGGCAGAGCAACAGCUUGAAGACCAUCGCACCAAUCUGGAUGUGGCACACGAGGAGAUGGCCGCACUGCGUGCAGCGCGCGAGGCGUGGUCAGACCUCACGCAGGCCAGUGAAAACAUGCGUGCGCACAUUGCCACUCUUGAAGAAACCCUUGAUUCUCAGACUCGACAGCUCCAAGAGACCCAAUUGACCGUCAAGCAGCUCACACAAGAACGAACCGAAUUGUCGACACAAAUUUCCCAGCUGCGCCAAGCCAACGCGGAACACGAUACCGUCCGCGCCGCUGACGUGGCCCAGCUCCAGGCAGCGCGCCAACAACUCGCCAAUGCUCAAGAGGAGCUGCAG